AAACCGAAAAUUGUGGCAGUGAAAGAAACAAAAGGUUCAGUGGAAACCACAUUCCCGGAAAAAUCCUUAUCGGAGCUGAGAAAGUUUGUGUGAAGCUAUGAGUGUCGGAGUUAAUGUUAGCGUGUGCUCAUAUUCAUCGCUUGCGCUGUCCACUAAGGACUUCUCCUCUAUCUCCUCGUCUUCCCUCUCUCUUGAUCGAAAUAUUCUCCGACCAGUCUCCGGCAGGCUAAGGUGUAAAUCCUCUGGGAAACGUAGAAUCGAACCAAUAUUAGCUGUUAAAGAAUCGAGUCGAGUACCGGAGCUUGAUUCUUCUUCGGAGCCAGUUCAAGUGUUCGAUGGAUCAACUAGGUUGUACAUAUCUUACUCUUGCCCAUUUGCUCAGCGUGCGUGGAUUGCUCGCAAUUACAAGGGUCUACAAAACAAGAUAGAACUUGUACCAAUUGAUCUCAAAAACAGGCCUGCUUGGUAUAAGGAGAAAGUUUACGCCGCAAACAAGGUGCCCGCAUUAGAGCACAAUAACCGAGUAAUUGGAGAGAGCCUUGAUCUGAUUAAGUACAUUGACACCAAUUUUGAAGGGCCUUCACUUACCCCCGAUGGUUUAGAGAAGCAAGCAGCAGCUGAUGAGUUGCUCUCCUACACUGACUCCUUCUCCAAGGCUGUGAGAUCCACAUUAAACGGCACUGACAGUAAUGCAGCAGAUGCUACAUUUGAUUACAUCGAGCAGGCACUUUCCAAAUUCAAUGAAGGCCCUUUCUUCCUUGGCCAAUUUACUUUGGUCGAUGUUGCAUAUGCUCCAUUCAUAGAGAGAUUUCAGCUUAUCUUAAGGGAUGUAACGAAUGUGGAUAUCACAUCUGGUCGGCCUAACCUCACCCUUUGGAUUCAGGAGAUGUACAAGAUCGAAGCUUUCACUGAAACCCGUCAAGAUCCGAAAGAGCUAGUUGAAAGAUACAAAAAACGAGUUCAAGCAGAAGCACGACUUUAAGCAGAUGAUUCUCCGGAUUUCUCAAUUUACAAGGGUUAAAAAGAGUCAAAUGAGAAGAGAUAUUGUAAUCAGGAAUUUAUAUAUAUAAAUUAUAUUGUUUUGGAAUA